GCACCGCGUCGGCGGCGAGGCGAAGGGCGGUGAGGCCGAGAGAUUACGUCGGCUUCGGUCGAGGAAGGAAAGCUCCUCACCAAGCACUUGGCUGUAUAGUCUGGACAAAACUGUCCAAAGCAAGCAUUCGUUGUGCUAUUUUCGGUUUUUUUGGCUGCUGCGUGUUGGUUUCUACUGCGCUUGGGGGAUGGGGUGCUGAUCUUCCGUAAGUCGAAUAUGGGUCAUGAAUCCCACAGCAAGUAUUGUCACGGAAGCUUACGUUGCCUGUUCAGGCCUUAAUACUUCAAGAACUUUGUUGUCUCGUUUCUACAGAAGGACUACAGAGCGCUGAUGACUGCUGUGUGAAAGAGUGUUGUGUCUUGACUCAAGUUUAGUUGUCAAAAGAAAUUGGUAGCAUUGGCCUAUAAGAGUAUUGCGCUAUUGUGAAUGCGGAUGGCUUGUUUGUAAAGGACUACUUACUCCUAUUAUAUGGCUGAUGUGUUUCCUUUCUAGAUUAUUUUUUCCUGUAUGCUAGAGAUUUGGGAAUUGACUAAUUGAAUUGACCACGUCUGGGAUCUGGAUCUGGAAAUUGACUUGCUCCAAAUGUAAACUUCCUUGAGGCUUGUCAUAUGUAUGUUGCGUCUGUUUGUUUAGAGGUGUACCAGUGACCCUGCUUGUGAAGCUAGGUAUCCCUUAUUGCUGCUAGUAUUGACAGAUUUGGUUUGUCGGAGCUGUUUGACUGUGCCAGUGAGAACACCUAGUCUCUCCUCAUCUGGUUUUACUCUUUUUAAAGAAAGGAAAAAAACAGGAAGAAGAAAGAGGAAACAGCUGAUUGUUUCAUUGCGUUCAGUCAUUUGCUUUGUCACCUUACGGUCUUUGUAAUCUAUGUGUGGCACCAUGUUUUGCCUCUUCCUUGAACUUGUUAGGUUGACUUGGAAAGGCUGGCCUAGUUUCUCAUUCUUUGCUACCUGUGAUAAGUGAAAUUGUGCUUUGUUUUAAUGGAGAAAUGCUGCAGCAUCUAGCCUCUCUUUUCUGCCUUUGAUCUAGUUGGCUAACACUAUAAAAUGGGAAUGGGUGUUUAUAUCCCUUUUCAGGCUCAGAUGGUGUCAGAGAACAGAUUAUUCAGCAGUGUUUUUAGGAUGAGCUUAUCCUUUGACAGGUUUUAACGGUUAAAGUACUUUGUUCCUAAAACAUUUGUGGAAAAAUGGGGUUUUUCACAAAGAUGUGGUAAAUGUGGCGGACAUAUGAUCAAAGGUUGAGAUGUCCAUCAAACUAUACAUUGAUGCCUGCCUUUGUGGACUUUGCUGCUCCUUCUCCAUAGACUGUCUUCUGUUAUUUUCAUUUAUUGUUGUCAAUUGAUUGUACUUAGUUAUUGAAUAUGGAGAAAAUGAAAAGGUGUUCCUUUCAAAAUAAUGUAAGGAAGCUGCGAUAAAAGCGAGACUGGACCUGUUGUGUUUGCAUCCUGUUUCUUUUACUGUCUGCUCAGAACAAACUCAGAAACUUUCGUUGCAGUACAAGAAAGUUGGCGAACAGUACCUUAAGAAUACCGAGGGCAGGAAUCAUCCAUCUUGCAAGUCUGACUUCUGUGACAGAAGUUAGGACUGAUUGUGACCAAUUGGACUAUGUCCUCGAUCUUAUAGAAGGAGGCACAAAAAGAACAAGAAGGUGUGCUGUAUAAGGUUGCUGUAGGACUACCUGCUUUAAUCUGUUGAAAGUGAAUCUUUGGCCUGGAAUUAAACAAGACUAGAUUAUGCACUGUAGGAUUAUGCUCUUGAUAGUUAUGGGUAAGCCUGGAAGUGACCUUAAAGAUCAUCAACCUCCAUCUCUUUUCUCAUGGGCAGAGUUGCCAACCACUAGAUCAGGCUGCGCAAGGCCCCAUCCAACCUGGCCUUGAACAUCUCCAGGGAUGUGGCAUGUACAACUUCUCCGAGCAGUCUGUUUCAGUGCCCCACUGCCCUCUGAGUGAAGAAUUUCUUUCUAAUAUCUAACCUAAAUUUUUCCUCUUUUAGUUUAAAGCCGUUUCUUCUUGUCCUACCACUGCUAGGCUGUAUAAAAUGUCAGUCUCCCUCCAGCGUACAAGUUUCUUUGAAGCACUAGAAGGCCACUGUUUUUUGAGCCUGUCCAGGACCCUUUGGGUGGCAUUCCUUCCUACUAUUCUGUCAACUGCAAUACUUACUUUGGUGUCAUUUGAACACCUGCUGAGGGAGCACUCAAAUCGCAUCAGCUACAUAAUUCAUGAAGAUGUUAAAGAGUACCAGUCCCAAGAUGGACCCCUGGGAGGGACCACUCCCGACCAGCCGCCAACUGGACUUAGAGCCCUUGACAGCAACACUGGCUACAACCAUCCAAACAAUUCUUUAUCCACCAAAUAGUCUACACUUAAAAUCUGUAUCUCUCCAACUCUCCAGAAGAUGAUGUUGCUGCAGUGAGUUGCUGUGGCUAAAAACAGUUCUCUGAAGCAGGGCUUCAAUAGUAUUCUCAUGUUCAGUUUGCCUACUCUGUUUGCUCCUUGUGAGGAAAGGGAUAGGUUUCUUUAAGCAAUGUCCUCAGCUCUUUAUCAUGGCCUUCUGUUCUUUGCGAAAUAUUUUCUGUGGAGGACUGCUCUUGUUACACGGGGAAAUCCUUGAAUGAGGAAGAGGAAUACUUCCACGGUGGAGUUUGUAAUCUGAUAAACUGUGGAAAGGUGGAAAAUAGGAAUUAGUCAAGCACAUGAGCUGAGAUGCUGUAUGUUGGAGAUAGGUUUUAUUGCUGGUGGUGUUUUUGGAUUUUUAAUUGGGGUGAAAUUAGCAGAGAGGAGAGAAAAGAAAAGCAAAGUCUUGGUGAUGAAGAAGGUUUAACACUCUCUUACAGUUAACAGGUAUUCAGAAUAAUUUUGCAUUCUCAAUCAGGCUUGCCUGUCUGAAGUUAGUGUUUGUGAGCCUGGACCACUGUUUCAUUUCUCUGCCUGGACAAGCCAGAAUUGCAGUGUGGACAUGUUUGUGUGCCGGUUGGAUUCAUGGAAUUGGACUAGAAUGUCUCUGGGGCCCUAUGUUAGACUUGUUCAUCCUCUUUGAAACUACCUGUGAUACCUUGUCCACUGGGAACUAACGGAGUUCUCUUUUUGUAGAGUUCAGUGCAGAUCACAUUUGAAGAGGGUCCUCAAUUACCACCAGCAGCAAAUAUAAGCUGUGUGACUUGCAAAGGCCAGUCAGGUCACAGCAUGGUGCUGUGUUGUCAUCUGUCAGCUGAAGCUGUGAAGUUCCCUGUCUCUGUCACCCAGCAGUCUGCAGUUGCUGUUUCUGUGGACACAUAUCAUGUCACUUUGGCUCUGCUCCAGGCUGAGGUGGAGAUCCACUUGGAGGAGAUACAGAAUCAGGGUCUCCUGGUGUCAUGGACAUUCAAGGACAGACCAGACUUGGAUCUUUCAGUUCUUCCAAGACUUCAGCCUUGUGAGAACGAAGGGAAAGCGGAUCUGUCCACCAUAAAGGAUCUAAUCGAGGAUACUAUUGUCAGCACGCAGCCAGCCAUGAUGGUGAAUCUGAAGGCUUGCACAGCUGGAACUGGCACAGUAUCCAGCAGUAAGGUGACCCAAGAGUCUCCAUACAGUGUAGUAGAAGCCCCUCUGGGUUCAAAGCUGUUGCUCCGGAAUCUUCGUGUGCUGAACUUAGGCUCACAGAGGAGUGGAGGAGUUGGGGAGAUACGCUGUGUUGCAGAACUAGACAGUCCCCCGCAACAGAAACGGACAAGGCCAGUGAGAGCUGGUAGCACUGGCAUUGCUGCAGAGAUGGAGUGGAAUGAAGAGCUGUUUCUUGAGUUAGGACCCAGAAGUAAGGAGCUGAAGUUACAGGUGCUGGAGAACAGCUGCAAAGGGGAAGAUGUGCUGCUGGCACAUACUACUCUUUUGCUUGAUUCUUUGGGCAAACAACCCUCUGGGAGACAGGUCUGCUCGCUGGCCUCAGGAGCUGGGCAACCACUGGCAGCUGAAGCUACCAUUGUAUUGGAGCUUUUAUACCAGGAUUCUUCUGCAUCUCUGAAUGCUCAGCAUGCCACAUCUCUGCAUACCAGCAUCACCCCCACAAAGAAGGUGGAGAUGGACCGGACCAUCAUGCCCGAUGGCACCAUUGUGACUACUGUCACCACAAUUCAGUCCCGACCCAAGGUGGAUUGUAAGCUGGAUUCACCUUCAAGGUCACCAUCCAAGGUGGAAGUGACAGAAAAGAAGACAACAGUGCUUCUGGAAAGCAGCUGUCCUCACAACUCCUUGUCCAGCAGCAGCCGAGACAGCCAGAUGCCCAAUGGCUUGGAUCCAGUGGCUGAGACGGCAAUCAGGCAGCUAACUGAGACAAAUAACAAGCCUGCCAAGAAGACCCCAACAAAACGUAGCACGCUGAUCAUCUCAGGAGUUUCCAAGGUACCUCUUGCUCAAGAUGAAAUGGCACUUUCUCUGGGUUAUGCUGCAUCCAUGGAGGCCACAGUAUAUGGGGAUACUGGGGCAGUCUGUGCAUCUGACCAGGUGCAUGAUUCCACUGAGUCAUCACAGCUGCUGGAAGCAUCACCAUCAGAACAAAGAGCUGGUCAGGAGCUGGAUGAGACGACGCGAUCUGACAUCUCUGAGAGACCAUCUGUGGAAGAUGUUGAGUCUGAAACUGGCUCCACAGGAGCCCUUGAGACCAGGAGCUUGAAAGAUCACAAAGUUAGCUUUCUUCGGAGUGGUACCAAACUCAUCUUUCGGAGAAAGAGCAAGCAGAAGGAAGCUGGCCUCAGCCAGUCACACGAUGACUUGUCCAAUGUCACCGCUGGUUCUGCCACCAAGAAGAAAGCUGGCAGCUUCUCCCACCGCCUCAUCAAACGUUUCUCCUUCAAGUCUAAAUCCAAACCUAAGACUAGUGACAACACAACAACAGAGAAGGAGCUGUUACUGGGUAGCUGUCGAGAUGCUUGACUGCUGGGUGAAUGGUAUUUGCUUCUGGGAUCUUUUCCUGUGUUCCUCCUCUCCCUGCCCCUAGUUCAUGGUGAGUGUAAUGAAAGUAACAAUAUCAGUGGCGGUCAAACUUCUGAAAAAGACCUUCAUGUACUUGUGAUAUUUAGAUUUUUCUACACAGCAUGAUGACUGCUCUGAACCAUCUUUGCUUGUAGAGGUACUGGACCAAAUAUGUAUGCUAAAUCUGAAUUAGCACCCUUCCUUUUGCGUGCUUUUUUUUCUCCUAGCAUUUUAAUGCCUUUUUUCUAGGUGGUUUAUUUUAACUCCAGGUUGUUUGGAGGGAAAAAAACAGGAACUCUGUAGUUAUUUAAGAAAUGGAAAUAAAAUGACCUAAUUCAGACAAAAUGAAUGAAGUUAUUGCACCUUUGUAAAUGUUGAAGAAUUCCAUUGCUGUGUAAUGGCUGAACCUGUUAACUUAUUAAAACAUGUGGAAAUGAAAA